AUGUCUUCUUCUAUUAACUCUUCUUCUAUUUUAUCUUCUUCUUCUUCUUCUUCUUCGGUGUGGUGGAAAGAUCUUAUCUCAAUCGGUAACAUUUCGGUGGAGGAUCCGUUAGUGGUGAAUAGUAGAAUAGCGAUUGGGAACGGGUGUACCACUCCGUUUUGGGAAUCGUGUUGGAUAGACGACCUUACCCUUAAGGUUCGUUUUCCUAGGCUUUAUUCGGUUUCUUCUUUGAAGAGGGUGGCGGUGGCUUGUAUGGGUGGUUGGGUAGACGGUAUUUGGAAGUGGGGGAAUUUCGGGGUUAGUACGGGUGAGGAAGCCGUUCCGGAGGUGGGGUCCGAGAUGGACUUGCUUAGUUCUUUGUUGUUAGGCCGUGAGGGCCCGAAGGAAGGUAGAGACAAGAUCAAGUGGAGUGGGACGGGUGACGGUGUAUUUUCCGUGGCCUCUUGUUAUGAUUUUAUUGCCGGUUUUUCUUACCCGCGUGGUCCUCUCAAUAGAUUUGAGGGAGCAAAGGAUUUAAUUUGGAAGAUUCAAGUGCCUUUCAAAAUUAAGGCGUUUGGUUGGAGGCUUUUAAUCAAUAGGCUUCCAACUAAGGAUUUAUUGGCAUAUAGGGGUGUUAAUUUGUCUAUAGAUAACUCUUUUUGUGCGUUUUGUGGGGUUAUUCCGGAAAGUUGUGAACAUUCUUUUUUCAAGUGUGACAAGGCGAAAUUGGUUUGGAGAGAAAUUGCGGUGUGGAUUGGGAAACCGGAGAACGGUGCGGAAGAAGAAUGCUUAGCUAGCUUUAUGGAUUGGUACCUCUUUUGUAAAAAAAAGAAAGUUAAAGAAGGAAAAUGUGGUGUGAUUUGGUUGGCUAUUUUGUGGAUAUUUUGGUUGACUAGGAAUGGUUUUUGUUUCCGGAAUGAAGGUUGGGUUGUGGAUAAUACGGUGUGGAAUAUUAAAUCUUUGUUAUGGAAGUGGUCGUUUUGCGGGGAAAUUACGCAUCCAAUAUAUAGUUUCUAUGAGUUUACAAAGGAUCCUUUGUUGUUUCUCUCUUAA